CAAAAAUAAUAAUACUAUCAUUUUUAAUAAUAUCUCUCAUACCAUCACACAUGUAUAUUGUAAAAAUAAUUUUAUUUUAUAUUUUCACCAUUUUCUAUCCUAAUAAAAAACUCAAAAUGAAACAUAAUUCAGACUAUAAGGGAGACAGCGCUGAAAGGGUAAGUCGGAUGAUGAAAGGACCCACUACCUUCCUGUCUUGAAAGGGGACCAAAGGAGAGCAGCCUCCUCCAACAACCCUGGUCUCCACCAACCCCGCUCAUCUUGUGAAACACUCCCUCACUAUAUUAUAAGGUAACUAUAGUUGGCUGCUUCAUUGGAAACUUCGAAUCCGAUUCACCAAACAUCGAUGGCAGCCUCCUCUUUCACUACUUUCACCCCUAAACCCACUCGCCUAUGCUUCGCAGAUCAAUCUAUAGGAUCGGAGUGCUUCAGAUCCGUCUCUUUUCCCUCUCGUUUUCACAGUCUCAAGUAACAUUGUUUUGCCCUCCCUGUUGGGAUUUGAACCUGGAACUUCCCAUAUCCCCUUCCCAACAUUUUGCUACUUGGCCAGGCCUCAAGGGCAACUGCAGAUCCUUGGAGUCUACAAGACAAGUACAGUCAUCUAGAUUAGAUGUUAUAGUAAGGGCAGGGGGCACAUCUGAGAAAAUGGAGGUUGAUAUCUCACUGAGUCCCAGAGUAAAUUCUGUAAAGCCUUCUAAAACAGUAGCUAUUACUGACCAAGCAACUGCUCUUGUACAAGCUGGAGUCCCUGUUAUACGAUUAGCAGCUGGAGAACCUGAUUUUGAUACUCCAGCUGUGAUAGCUGAGGCUGGGAUAAAUGCAAUUCGUGAAGGUUACACAAGGUACACUCCAAAUGCGGGUACUUUGGAAGUCCGUUCAGCAAUUUGUCAUAAGUUGAAGGAGGAAAAUGGGCUCUCAUAUACACCUGAUGAGAUUUUGGUUAGUAAUGGAGCCAAACAGUCUAUUCUUCAAGCAGUGCUUGCAGUUUGCUCCCCAGGAGAUGAGGUUAUAAUUCCAGCUCCAUUCUGGGUGAGUUACCCAGAAAUGGCAAGACUGGCAGAUGCAACACCUGUCAUUCUUCCAACACUUAUCUCUGAAAAUUUUCUCCUAGAUCCAAAGUUUCUUGAGUCCAAACUCACUGAAAAGUCAAGAUUGCUGAUUCUAUGUUCUCCAUCCAACCCAACCGGAUCAGUUUACUCCAGGAAACUGCUUGAAGAGAUUGCUCAGAUUGUAGCAAGGCACCCCAGGCUUCUGGUUUUGUCUGAUGAAAUAUAUGAACAUAUUAUUUAUGCACCAGCAACUCAUACAAGCUUUGCAGCUUUGCCAGGCAUGUGGGAGAGGACUUUGACAGUCAAUGGGUUUUCUAAGGCCUUCGCAAUGACUGGCUGGCGGCUUGGGUAUCUUGCUGGUCCUAAACACUUUGUUGCUGCAUGUGGAAAGAUUCAGAGUCAGUUCACUUCAGGUGCCAGUAGCAUAUCUCAGAAAGCAGCAGUUGCUGCAUUGGGAAUGGGCUAUGCUGGUGGGGAAGCUGUUUCCACAAUGGUAAAAGCAUUCAGGGAACGGCGAGAUUUCUUGGUUAAAAGCUUUGGAGAACUGGAGGGUGUCAAGAUAUCAGAGCCCCAGGGAGCUUUUUACCUCUUUCUUGACUUCAGCUCUUACUAUGGGGCAGAGGCUGAAGGUUUUGGUAUAAUUGAGAAUUCAGAGUCCCUCUGCCGAUAUCUGCUGGACCAGGCCCAGGUUGCCCUUGUCCCAGGGGAUGCAUUUGGAGACGACAAGUGCAUUCGCAUAUCCUAUGCUGCAUCCCUCUCCACCCUACAUGCAGCCGUGGAGAGAAUUAAGAAAGCAGUUGUUCCUCUUUGGCCUCCUGUCCCUGUCUAAUUUUAGGUAGCAACUAUUUCAAACCUUUGUGGCUGUUGCUCUUCUUUUGGGAUCCCAAAAUGUGUUUUCUGUACUAUUUAUUUAAAUAAAAAUGCAAGCUUCCCUCA